UAAAGGGCGCACCGGGAAGCGCGCGCUCCACUCCGCCAGGGCGCUCCGCGGGCCGAGCAGGGCGCCUGCGCAGUGCGGGCCGCUCCCCGCCCCCUGCUCCCACCGCCCCUCUGCCGGCAGGCCGAGCCUGGUCCUAGCCGCUCUGCUCUGCCGCAGCCAGCCCGGUCUCCCGCAGAAUGUUCAGCUGGGUCAGCAAGGAUGCCCGCCGCAAGAAGGAGCCGGAGCUCUUCCAGACGGUGGCCGAGGGGCUGCGGCAGCUGUACGCGCAGAAGCUACUGCCCCUGGAGGAGCACUACCGCUUCCACGAGUUCCAUUCGCCCGCGCUGGAGGACGCCGACUUCGACAACAAGCCCAUGGUGCUCCUGGUGGGCCAGUACAGCACGGGCAAGACCACCUUCAUCCGGCAUCUGAUCGAGCAGGACUUCCCAGGGAUGCGCAUCGGGCCCGAGCCCACCACCGACUCCUUCAUCGCGGUCAUGCACGGCCCCACUGAGGGCGUGGUGCCAGGCAACGCGCUCGUCGUCGACCCGCGGCGCCCCUUCCGCAAGCUCAACGCCUUCGGCAACGCUUUCCUCAACAGGUUCAUGUGUGCCCAGCUGCCCAACCCCGUCUUGGACAGUAUCAGCAUCAUCGACACUCCCGGGAUCCUGUCUGGAGAGAAACAGCGCAUCAGCAGAGGUUAUGACUUUGCAGCGGUUCUGGAGUGGUUUGCCGAGAGAGUCGACCGCAUCAUCCUGCUCUUUGACGCCCACAAGCUGGACAUCUCUGAUGAGUUCUCAGAAGUCAUCAAGGCCCUCAAGAACCACGAGGACAAGAUCCGAGUGGUGCUGAACAAGGCUGACCAGAUAGAGACCCAGCAGCUGAUGCGGGUGUAUGGGGCCCUCAUGUGGUCCCUGGGGAAGAUCAUCAACACCCCUGAGGUGGUCAGGGUGUACAUCGGCUCCUUCUGGUCCCACCCACUCCUCAUCCCUGACAAUCGCAAGCUCUUUGAGGCCGAGGAGCAAGACCUCUUCAAAGACAUCCAGUCCCUACCCCGAAACGCUGCUCUGAGGAAGCUCAAUGACCUGAUCAAGCGUGCACGGCUUGCCAAGGUCCACGCCUACAUCAUCAGCUCCCUCAAGAAGGAGAUGCCCAACGUCUUUGGGAAAGAGAGCAAAAAGAAAGAGCUGGUGAACAACCUGGGAGAGAUCUACCAGAAGAUCGAGCGGGAGCAUCAGAUCUCACCCGGUGACUUCCCAAGCCUCCGGAAGAUGCAGGAGCUCCUGCAGACCCAGGACUUCAGCAAGUUCCAGGCCUUGAAGCCCAAGCUGCUGGACACGGUGGACGAUAUGCUGGCCAACGACAUCGCCCGGUUGAUGGUGAUGGUGCGCCAGGAGGAGUCCCUGAUGCCCUCCCAGGCUGUGAAAGGUGGCGCCUUCGAAGGCACCAUGAAUGGGCCCUUUGGGCACGGCUAUGGCGAGGGGGCUGGGGAGGGCAUCGACGAUGUCGAGUGGGUGGUAGGCAAGGACAAGCCCACCUACGAUGAGAUCUUCUACACGCUGUCGCCUGUCAAUGGCAAGAUAACAGGUGCCAAUGCCAAGAAGGAGAUGGUGAAGUCCAAGCUGCCCAACACGGUGCUGGGGAAGAUCUGGAAGCUGGCCGACGUGGAUAAGGAUGGGCUGCUGGAUGACGAGGAGUUUGCCCUGGCCAACCACCUCAUCAAAGUCAAGCUGGAGGGCCAUGAGCUGCCCGCAGACCUACCCCCGCACCUAAUCCCGCCCUCCAAGCGGAGGCACCAGUGACCGGCCAGGCCAGGCAGAGACUGGGGAGGGGAAGGGUCGCCAGUUCUUGAGACCCAUGAAGACUGAGCAGAUGCUUCCUCAGCUCUUGAAAAGGAAAACCACCAUCUUUCUCAUAAGGUGGGAGGCGGGUGUUACUCGUAUGUGAAUGAUGAAAUUUUGUGCACAAGAAGUAUGGAUAUUUUUAAUAUAUAACAUUCGAGGCAGCUUUCUUUCUUGCCUCUUUGUCUGACAGCCCCACGCACAGCCCCUGUCUUUGCCUCUGGCUCCGCUGCCCAGCACAGGAAGGCUCUGGUACCACAGGAAACCGCCUGCUCUGCUGCCCCAGCUCGCCUCCUGGCUGCCACUGCAUUUGGACAGGACUGCUUGGGGUCCCCUGCUGGUUUCUAGGCUGGGUGUGGCUUUAGCCGGCCUCCCCCCUAGCUCUGCCGCCUCCCCCACGCUAGCCAGCAGAGUUGGUUCUGUGCCUUCCUCCUUCCCCUCCCUGGCAGCCCCCUGUGUGUGCGCCUGCUCUUUCUCUCAUAUCCCUCCUGGCUUGGCAGUCAAGCUAGGCCCAAGUACCUUUUUUUGCAGGAGUCUAGGGGACGGGUGGGUGUGAAAAUAUCUUCCAGAAAUGUAUAUAAGCCAGUUUUUGUUCUGUAAAGUGAUAGCUUUCAUACUUGACUGAAUUUUCCAGUAACUUUUCAACAACUUGUUCAGAAGCUGUGAUUUUUGUCUCCUUCCAGGGGGCCUUUCCACCCAGGAGCACUUCAGUGUGGGGUACAUGUAGAGUAUACCCCAACAGGCCCCCCAGGGCUUAUGUUUCCUCCUCACGCUCUCGCUCUCCUGGAACAUGCUAGUGUAUCCUCCUCCCCAGCCUUGGGAGGGUGGGGGGUCCUCCUGAACCUGAAUGGCUGGUGCUUCAGCCUGGGCCUAGUGUCCAGAAAGCAGAGACCAGGGAUGACCCGCACCUUCCCUCCUCACCCUUCUUCAUUUCCAAUGGAAGCCGUCUCCUACUCUGUUGAGCAGGGGAAGGUGACAUGACGUGGAUGCCAUUAGAACAACCUCCCUCCAGGCUGAGCAGUGAGAAACCUGGGGUGGCAGUGGCCAGUGCGGGCUGCCCCAUCUGUUAUGCCUUGGCCAGGCUGUCCCAGCACAGCCUCGUGCCUGGACACCCUUGCUAGCCUCUUGCUGGCCAGUGGUCAGCCGACGGCCUGGAGCAGCAUCGCCAUGUUACUGUGGCAGGGGGAGUGGGCUUCCAAUCAGGCGCUCCCAUGGGGGUCUCAGGGACUCCUCCACUCUGACCUCUCCCACUCCCGUUCCCCUCCCAGUGCUGCCCUCUGGGCCUCCCCUGGGCCCAGGUCACUGGGAACUGGCCUUGUUACCUCCGGCUGGCCUCAGCCCGCCACUCCACACAGUGUUAGGUGAGGGUGGAGGCAGCAUCCUCGUCGGGGAUUCACUGAGGUGCAGUGACUUCUCUACACUCACCAGUAGGAAGAAAAAGCAACUGAAGACAAGACUUUUUCUUGAAUUAAAAAA